AUGAAUUUAAUUGAAUAUAAUAAAUCAGGUUUGUCAGAAUCUAAAUUUAAACCAGGUAUUAGUUUAGCUCGAGUUAUUGAUGAAAAUCUUUCAUCAAUUUAUUCAAAUGAAACAAUUCAAUCAAUAUCAUCUAAAAUAAAUCAUCAACAAUCAAUAAAUCAAUCCGAAUAUUGUAAAGUUAAAAAAUAUACAAAAAAAACAAAUGUUAAAUUAAUUAUUUUAUUUUUAGCUAAAUAUAAAACUGAAUUAUGUCGAAAUUAUUCAUCUAAUGGUUAUUGUUCAUAUUCAUCUCGUUGUCAAUUUGCUCAUGGUAUUAAAGAAUUACGUUCUCGUAUUCGACAUCCAAAAUAUAAAACAGAAAUUUGUCGAAAUUUUCUAUCUGGUUAUUGUAAAUAUGCAUCUCGUUGUCAAUUUUUACAUAUUAAUUAUAAAAUAAAAGAAAAUUCAAAUUCAUCGAUUUAUUCAAAAAAAUCUUCUAAAAUCGAUUCAAUUUUAUCUAUAUUAGAAUUAUUAUUAUUUAUAUUAUUAGAUAAAAAUACAGAAGAUUCUAUAAGAAUAAAUUUAAUUAAAUAUUUAUUUAAUCAAUCAAAUAAAUUAAUAUAUCAACGAUAUAUAAAUAAUUAUAAAUUUAAUUUAUCCGAUAUUUAUAAUCAGACUUAUUUAGAAAGAAAAUCAAACUCUUUUUAUAUUAAUUCAAUAAAUCAAACAUAUUUACCAAUUCAAUUUUAUUUCGAACAAUAA